CUGAGGAUCUGGAGGAAGCAAGAGCCAGCAAUGGGGACACUGCAGGCUCUGCCAGCCAUGGCUCCAUCUUCUGCUUCCCUGCGGCCGUGGGGCGGUGGGGAUGGAUAACCCACAUCUGGAGCCUCCACUAAAGAGAAGAACUGGAGAAAGAGAGGGGGAAUCUGGCUUGUGAUACUGUCUUGGGCAACCAGAUUCAUCCUGGGGCUGGCAGAGGAUCUAGAGCCAGUGUGGACAGCACGUCUGAGAAACCAGUUAGAAACUAUCUGUGGAGGCAUCUCCAAAGCAAAGGCAGGUCUGGAGUUGGGAAUUUUCCCCACCCUGAUGUGUUUGACCUCUUUUCCCCAGGGAAAAGUGACAAUCAGCUCUUCCAGCCCCAUUGUCACAGCUUCGUUACCGGCCCCGUCCCAGGCCAGACACACACCCAUCAGCGAGAGGGAGAUCUUCAAGCUUCCCGGCAGGCUGAGAAUCCAGCCCUCACUGUGGAGCAAGGACGACGUGAUCCACUGGCUCAGAUGGGCUGAGAGAGAGUAUUCCCUUCGGCAAACGGAUGAAAGCAAGUUUGAAAUGAACGGCAAAGCCCUGUGCAUCCUCACCAAGGAUGACUUCAGAUACCGAGCUCCCAGCUCAGGGGAUGUCCUGUACGAAGUCCUUCAGUACAUUAAGACUCAAAGAAGAGCUCUGGUGUGCAGCCCUCUGCUGAGCUCCCCCUUCGGGGAGGCCAGGAGCACAGAGGAAGGGACAGAGUGUAGAGCUGAGGCUGCCCCGGUUGUUGUUUCCUCCUGCCUGGGUGGUGUGGAACAGCCUGUGUCCUACAGCCACACAGGGCCACUGAACCUCUCCCACCACAUCUCGGAGGCCGGCUGCAGGGCAGAGGCCAUCAGUUCUCUUCCUGCAACCCCGUCAGCCCCAGUGGAUGGGAAAAUUGCAGACUGCAGGUUGCUGUGGGAUUACGUGUACCAGCUCCUCUCCGACAGCCGCUACGAGCCUUACAUCAAGUGGGAAGACAAGGAAGCCAAGGUCUUCCGGGUCGUUAACCCAAAUGGACUUGCCCAGCUCUGGGGGAACCACAAGAACCGGAUGAACAUGACAUACGAGAAGAUGUCGCGAGCGCUCAGACACUACUACAAACUCAACAUCAUCAAAAAGGAGCCGGGGCAGAAGCUGCUCUUCAGGUUUUUGAAGACUCCUGGGGAGAUCAUCCAUGAGAAGUCCAGCAAGCUGGAGCAGCUGGAGAAUGAGGACCAUGAGGAUUUGAAAGAAGACCCAGAAGAUCCACUUGAGGUUUCACCAUAGGAAAUCUUGGAAAGCUGCCUUUGCAGGGCAUCGCAGACAGAUUUGUGCUCUGCUGGGAAGUGCUGGCAUCUCCUGCAUCUCUUGGACAGAAGAGCUGGUCCUGCAUUUCAAAACCUGCCCUGAGCCAAAGCUGGGACAUCUCCGGGGCUUCAUUAGCAAAACACAGCCAGAAAACGUCCCCCCCAGCCUCGAAAGUGCAGGUGAACAUGAGGGCUGGCCUUCUGCUCACUUCUCUUCUGUCCUUGGGGAGGGAGCUGGGUAUUUUUGCUCUGUAAAUUUGGAUGCUUGUCUUUAAGGUUCCAAUUUGCUGGUGAAGGCUGCUCUGUUCUCGCAGCAGGACGUGAGGAGCAGAGAGCACUGGAGCCCGUGCUCCUGGUCAAACAUCUCCCAAAGGGCUUCCGCAGCGAGCGGUGGCCCGAAGCGUGGACACGCUGCUCUGAAUCUGAGCCAUUUCCUCAAUCUGAGGAUGGAUUUACCCUGCAGAUGUGCCAUAUGGUGUCAUCUCACCAUCUCCUUUGGGGUUGUUGAAAUAUCCACCCGGAUCUGGCCUGGCUGGAGCUCCAGGCUGCACAGAACCCCUAAGCUGGGUCUCGUUUCAACUCCUUUUCCCUCCAUCUAAUGCUGUUUGUAAUUAGCUGACUCAAUAAUGUGAAAAGAAACGAAGCCAGUAAUGAGUAUGAGCUCGCUCGUCGUCAGACACGUGGUUCUUUGCUUUGAGUUGGAAGCAGGAGUUCCUGCAGCCCCAGGCCCUGUUAGUGACCUGGAAGGAACAGAGAGAGAGUGUGUGUGUGUGUGUUUUUAAAUCCAAAAAUAUCCACUAAUAUUUUCAGAUUGCUUUUCAUUGAGGAAAU